AUGGAGGCAACAAAGAACUUCUACAAUCGCCAGUAUGAGUCCUGGGUGCCAUGGAUGGAGGACAAGUAUCUUGCCUGGUUCGGGCAGAACAAGACCAGCUACGUGGCCAAGGGCGAGAUGGACAAGACCAAGAUCACUGGCGACAAGAACGUCGACGCCAUCCAGGACGGUGUGAAUGAGGGUGUCACCGGCCAGUUUGCCAAGGGCGGCGUGCUCGAGGGCGUCGGCAACCUGACUAGCAAAGAGGUGUUUACCAGAAGUGAGAGGCAAGGCAAGAACGAGAGUGGCAAGCACGGACUAUAA